GAGGAGCGUACGUCUCGACACAGAGAUCACAGUCAUUAUGGGAGCGAGAGAUACAGAGAAAGCUCUGGAAGAGAAGGACCAAGAGAUAGACAUCGAGAAAGAAGACACCGAGAACAAAAUGAACACCGAUCCUCACGCAGUAGCAGCAGUAGGAGGCGUCAUGAUAGUGAUGACGCAGAAAGCCACAGGAGACACCGACACAAACGCUCCAGACACAGCAGAGGAAACCUCGAGCCCAGCGAGGAGUGCAGCGCCGACCAGGAGAACCAGUCGGAGGCCACUGAAUGAGUCCCUGGCCAGCUGGUGAGACCCUUUGUUGACCAAUAGGUGGUCUGUAGUGAAAGAUCAUUAGUCAGUGACCAACUGUGAAUAGAUUUUGAUUAAUCAUAUGCCAAAACCCUUAAUAAGAUGAGACAAUUUAUGUUAUUGUUUUAGCAUUAAUUUUCUUGAAAGUAUUAUUCCUGAAUAAAAAGCAGUCUGAAGGGUACACUA